CCCAAAUGAUGUACUCGGGAAGAUUUGCCCAAGGCGCGUUCAGAGAGUUUUUUUUGCUAUUUAUGUGUCUAAAAGUCACCUACAAGUAAAGGGAGCUUUCCAGUUUCCAGUAUUCCAGUGAGAUACAGUCUAACAUAGUGUCGUACGGUGCCCCCGUGUUUUUUUACUACUGCACGUAGUUGGAAUGCUCUUGUGCCGCUUGUUGGAAGCCCCAUCAAUUAUUGAGAAAAUUAUUUCACUCAAUAAUUUCGUAAAUUUCGUAAAAUUUCAUUAAUACUUCGCGCAACUGCAAAUUAAUAUUUUUCUUACAAUAUUGAAAAAUGACUAAACAUCGAGUGGUUCAUUCCGUAAGUGAAAAAAGUCUCCGAGGCCGAUUGUACGGGGUUUUUGGCUGCGAAUGUAUGCCGUGGAGCAUCCUUAAGGAGUUUAAGCACCGAGAGAAAGAGAAAGAGAGUAUGAGACUCUUCUGGACGGGGCAAUCUCCGGCGCAAUUCUCUCGCGCUUGAGCUCACUCAGGUCUAGGCUCGGAGGCCCGAGUAUAAUAUAUCCCUAUACCGCCGUUUGUAGGUUUGUUUAACUCGAUCUCGCGGCUUAAACGCACACGGUUUAGCGCUCCGUUUGAUACAUAUAUGUUUGCACAAGUGUACGCGGGUGUACCUGGACAGUGAAAAGCCUGAAACUUCGUUGUUCCUCGCUCUCUGAAAUCUUUCAUUUUUUCUUCCAAAAAUAUAUUCAUUAUAAAAUAAGUAAAUUAUAAAAAUGAUGCUUGCUUCGCCCGAAGUAACGUUCUCCGUGUAUUCCACUCGCGGCGUUGAGGAAAAGCGCGCAUAAUUUAACGGAUGAAGAGAAGCGAACGCGGGUGAAAGUGUUUAUCCGUAGUUUUGGAAAUUCGAGCUUCGAAUGCGCGUUCCGAUAACGAGGGUUUAACGAAUAAUCCCAUUUAUCGAAAAACUCUUUAAUCUUACGGUCUCUUCUCCCUCAAUUUUUUCCUUUUCUUCCAAUCAUUCUUCCUUCUCUGUUAUUCCUUCGGUUUUAUCUGAGAAUGUGAGUGUGUAUUUUCGACGAAAGAACACAAAUUCGCUAUCAUGAGUUGACGCCGGUUUCGACGAGGCGAAUAUUUCUUCGAACAAAGCAAAAAUCACGUUUUUUUAUCGAAAAUGUUGCUAAUCGAAAAUCCAAUAAUUAUCUUGCGUUUCUACGGACCGAAUAGAGGCCCGAGAAAUAUAAAUACGCGAUAGCUCUGGGAAAACGGAUAUUCAAGAGACUCGGAGAGUUCAACGAGUGGUCGCGUGUUUUCUUCGCAUAUUUUUGCGAACAUUUUCGUCUGAAAGUGCCAAUUUUUGAAAGCUCUAAACAGUUUAAAAAGACGCAUCACUUGGAGUCUCAGAAAUUAAGGAAAUUACAAAUUUUCCAAUAACAAAAGGAAACAAAUCGGCGUCAAAAAUGCCGCGUGCUGGCGGAUCCCUCCAGCCGAUCGAGGAGUCGAGUACUCCCAACCCAACGAGCAAUGAACCACACGACAAAGACAGUCUGAACGAGACCGGAAGCACGACGGGUGGCACGGUGGAGGGAAACCACUCGGGUAACCCCGCCAGGGGUGAGAGAAGCAGUGGCCCAAAUGAGCAAGUCCCAAGUGCCGAAAGGAGGCCGCCCAUUUCGAAUACGGCACCGCCCAGGUCGCUCGUAUCAAGAAUUCUCGCGAGGGCACGUUCGAGCGACGAUUUACUCGACCAUUCAGAACCCUACUCGCAGUUAUGGAUCGUUUUGAGCAACGUUUACGGGGAGCUCGUCGUUGUUUUGAUGAUGGCGUUGUGUUUGGCCGAAGUUAUGGAUACGCCCGUGCCCCUUCUGAGCCUCCAGAGCAUUUUUCUGAUGUAUCUCUACGUCGGAAGCAUAGCAGUUAUCAUCAGCAUAUAUUUUUGGGUGCUCGUCGACAGUUGCGGAGUUUUAGCAAACGGCCGAACUGAAGAUGCGGAACUCGGUGGUGCCUCACUCACGCGGUUCGGUUCUCUCAAAAGAGCUCAUAUUUCCAGAGCGAGAACUGCACCGACGAGUUUUUAUAUUCGCGUCGGAGCUUUACUUUUCGGCCUGGCCACUCUAGUCUUCAAUGGCCUGGAAAUGGCUAUGCACACGAUGAUGCAAGGUGCCGAAUGCCUCAGCGACAUUAUUUUUGUUCAUCCAGUACUUCACGGACUUUUCACUUUUUUGCAAAUGCAUUUCCUGUUCGUUAACUCACAGGUUUUAGUGGAGCGAUUUGGUUUAGCAGCGAGAUUCGGCUUCACGCAUUUAGCAGCAACGAAUAUUGCAGUUUGGGCUCGUCUCGUAAUCUGGGAUUCGGCCCAAGAAUGGACGUAUUUUGUGCAUUUGGCUCAAAGAGGUCCUGGAACGUCGUCGUCGCCUUUGAACCUUCGAGGUUUUCCUGGUUCCCUCACCAGAAGAGCUCGCGACCUAUUGGGCAAAUCAGCUUCGGACGAUGUCAUUUCACAUCCUUAUCAACCUAUUUCACCGGAACAAAUAUCUCAAGUAGUUACUCUUCAAGAGUGUUUGAACACGAAUACUCUCGGCCAAUUGUGGACCUCCAGCAUGCCCUUUUUGUACCCCUUCAUUGUCCAGUUCAGUUUAAUCGCAGCCGCGGUGACGUUUGUAAUGGGCCAGAACGUCGGAAGAAAUCGAUAUUGCCACAAGUCGAAAUUUCAUUCGAGCAAAGAUCUGACGUCGAGUCACACUCGAGUAGGUUGUGACGGUUCGAGCAAAGGAUUGUUCCUCGGCAUACUUUGCAUGACUGCUGGAAUCGUUGUGAUUCUGAUAUUCCUCGUGGUGAGAGAAGACGACAAAUUUUCACCGGCUACGCUCUCGUGGUUGACGUGUGGCACGCUCAUCGGUAUUUUGGCAUUGAGCGGCAUAAUGACGGCGAGUGGCCUCGUCCAAGUUCGGCAAAUGUCAGUGGUCACGCGUGCACCAGCGACUCUGGAUGCUCUGCUGUCGAACGUCGCCCUCUUCGGAGUCCAAUUGUACGCUGUUUUUACCGCUGUCGUUUGCGCCUGUUCUCUCGCAACUUAUGACGCUGAAACUGAAGAUCCCGAAAGCCGUGGUAGACACGCCAUGCUCUUGGCCGCCUCGAUACUUCAACUGGCCCAGUGCUUCGCCCAGAGCACUCUCAUCGCUGAAACUUCCAAAAGAUCAUGCAUAACUCGCUUCCAAAUGAUGGCUAAACCUGCUCGUCAAGUCGUCACUUUUCUACUCUUCAGCAAUGCUGUUCUAUGGGCUUUCGAUACCGUCGUCACCCAGAAUUGGGUCUCUCAGGAACUUCAACUUCGCUUCUUCGGCGUACUCGCUUGGGGCAUCAUCUCCAGGAUUUGUUUGCCUCUUGUCGUCUUCUAUAGAUUCCACAGCUGCGUUCUCUUGCUCGAAGCCUGGAACAAGUGUUAUAGAAUACCCAGGGGGGAGCAUCCACUCAACUGACGACGGUUAUUGUCCGGACGAUAUUCGACCAGAUUACAGCCAAUAUCGCGUCAUCGACGUUGUCGAAAGAGGAAACUAAAAAUCGAUUUUCGUGAGGCCGAAAGUUCGCUCGAUCGACCAUCGAAUUAUGAAGAAACGCGGAUCGAAGAUUCA